CAUGUCGCCUAUGAUGCCCACGGGACCAAGUCACCAGCUGCAGCGACUGUUUCCAGACCUGCUCAGCCAGAUGAGCCCCUUGUGGCGAAAGCUUCAGUAAAAGCGAAGACUCUGCUGCCGGUCCCUCCUCAGCUGCUCGCCAUCGCCCCUCAGCUUGGGAGGAAAGAUCAGGAACACAACGUGUUGAGGCCAACACAUGCAAAGCCAGCGUCCCACACCUCUUCUGCAGAGCCGGGGAUACCAACAGCACCAUUCCGUCCUGGGGAUUCACCAUCUCAGAAUAAGACCCCUGUGGACACACGGAGACACACGGUCCUGGAUCAAGCUCCUCCCGUCUCUGUCAUCAUCGGCACCAGCAGCCAGUACUACAUUUUAGCCUCACGACUCACGUGUAGGGGCUGUAAAAAGUACUGGCACGCUGACAAGCCCCAGUGGCUGGAGAUGCUGCCGCAGCGCUUCCGUGACAUUGUGCCGGCCUUUCUGACGCACAAAAAGGCCGUCUGCAAGUCAGUCAUGGACGAGAUGAGGCGCAGCGGUAGGUCACCGGAGGACACGGCCAAGCAGCUGACGGAGACGCUCCAUCUCAAGUAUGAGAGAGCUCACCUGGCCUACCUGCUGAGCGUGCAGAACGUCAGGGAUGCUGAGGCAGGGCUCUACGGCCAGAGAGCCAUCACUGGGCUCCUCAGACAGGCCGACGCUCCAGAGGCAUUUGGUGGCUACGCCGAUGCCGACGGCUGGUGUGGAGUGGCCAUUUCAUCCCACUACCUGGUGGACUGUCUGGUUCGGGAAUAUCGGCGGCAGGAGCAGCACCUCACUCUGCUGCUGCAGGGGACCUUCGGACAGGCGCUGAGGUCCGACCACACCCGCAAAGUGGCCAGGAAGGUGGUGCUCUCAUCCGGCACCAUGUCAUCAUUCGCCGUGAUGAAUGAGAAUUGGAUGAUCCUGAGCUGGGUGAUGCUGCAGUCAGAGUGCGACCGGUCCCUUCAUACCAUGUAUGAGGGUCUGUCUCAACGCUACACUGCAGCUGGAGUGGAGAAGGCCGGCUUCCAGUGGGUGGACAGGUAUGAAGAAAACAUCAUUUUCAGUUUUUGACUUGGACGUUAUGUAGUUUAGUUGUCUUGUUUUUUUUCUGAAUGAAAAGAUACAAAUAGAUGGAACACUUCAGGUUGAUUUAUGUGAUACUGUCAAAUAUAUUGAGGCUUAAUUUGUACUCAAUAAAUUGUGAGAUGUUAUCCUUUG